AUGCAACAACAACCACCACAAUACGGCGUUCCUCCACAAUACGGCCAACCAGGUCAAGUCCCACCACAGCAACCACAAUUUGGACAACCUCCACAAUAUUCUCAUAUGCAACAACCGCAAGUACCAGGACAACAAAUUCCAGGACAAGUUCCACAACAACAAUUUGGACAACAGCCUCAAGUUCCUGGACAACCACCACAAGUACCAGGAACCAUGACUCCACCAUUGACUUCACAAAGUCCACAACCUGGUCAAGUUCCUUCUCAACCUCAACAACCACCACAAGUACCAGGACAUCAAUCUCCACAAUCUUUCGGAAUGCAACAAUCUCAAUACGGUCAAAUGCCUCCUCAAGGUCAAUAUGGACAAAUGCCACCUCAACAACCCGGAAUGCAACAAUAUGGUCAGAUGCCCCAACAACAACAAUAUGGUCAAAUGCCACAACAACAAUUCGGUCAAGUUCCUCCUCAAGGUCAAUACGGCCAAAUGCCACCUCAACAACAACAACAAUUCGGUCAACAAAAACCACAAAUUCCAGGACAGCCACCACAACAACAAUUUGGUCAAAUGCCUCCGCAACAAUAUGGUAUGCAACAAUCUCAAUACGGACAGAUGCCACCUCAAGGUCAAUAUGGUCAAAUGCCACCACAAACUGGAAUGCAACAAUCGCAAUAUGGUCAAAUGCCACAAGGUCAAUUUGGUCAAGUUCCUCAACAAUACGGUCAAAUGCCUCCACAAGGACAAUUUGGACAAAUGCCACCUCAACAAUUUGGCCAACAACAACAACCAUAUUUCACUCCAAUUCAGCAACCACACAAUCCUCAACUCAAAGUUUGGUUCGAUGCUGUUGACAUUGAUAAAUCUGGACAAAUAUCUCCAGAUGAACUGAAAACAUGCUUGUCUAAGGGAGGUAUGCAAUUUGAUCGAUUGGUUGCACAAAGAAUGAUCAAAAUGUUCGACAAGGAUAACUCUGGACAAAUCGGUUUCCAAGAAUUUGAACAAUUACACAAUUAUCUCAUGAAUAUGAAGACCUCGUUUGAGAGAACCGAUGUUGAUCGUAGCGGAAACUUAAACUUGAAUGAAGUCAAGUCAGCUCUCCAAAUGUCAGGAUAUCAAAUCAAUCCUCAAGCUGUCGAUAGAUUGUUCAAGUGUUUCAGCAAGAACAAGCAAGCUCUCAAUUUUGCUGAAUUCAUUGAUUUCACAAUCUUUAUUGGAACCUGUAAGAAUUCAUUCCAAUUGUUUGACAAGCAAGGAAAUGGCAUGGCCACCUUUACAUUUGAUCAAUUCCUUGAAGCAUGCUCCUACAUUUCACAAUAA